CUGUCCACAGGAUUCUCCAGGCAAGAAUACUGGAGUGGAUCACCAUGCCCUCCUCCAGGGGAUCUUCCCAACACAGCUAUCAAACCCAUGUCUCUUCAGUCUCCUGCUGUGGCAGGUAGAUUCUUUACCACUAGCACCACCUGGAUGAGCCCCAUGAAAAGCAGAAGUCAUACUGAAAGCCAGAAGUCCCUCCCCCACACACAGAGAAAGAUAAGACAUCUUCUGUGGCUGGGCUUUCUGCUCUCUGCACCAUGAGAAACAAGUAUCUAAGUUUGCUUCCAGGACUCUUGGUGCUGCUGCUGUUUCCAAUGGGACCUACAGCCCAGAACAGUAAAGCCUGUGCUCUGCGGUGCCCUCCAAACUCCUCAUGUGUCAAUGGCACCGCCUGCCGCUGCACUCCAGGAUUCAUUUCUUCUUCUGGGGAGAUCUUCACAGACCCCUUGGAGAGCUGUGAUGACAUCAAUGAGUGUGGACCACCCUCACCAGUGUACUGUGGAAGUUCAGCAGACUGCCAGAAUACGGAAGGGGGCUACCACUGCACAUGCAGCCCAGGAUAUGAGCCUGUUUCUGGGGCAACAAUCUUCCGGAAUGAGAGUGAGAACACAUGUCGCGAUGUGGAUGAGUGUAGCUCCGGGUGGCAUCAGUGCCACAACUCCACCGUCUGCGUCAACACUGUGGGUUCAUACAGGUGCCACUGCCGCCAAGGCUGGGAGCCUAAACCUGGAUUCCAGGAUAAGCAAAGGAACACCAUCUGUAAAGAGAUCUCCUUUCCCACCUGGACUGCUCCCUCUGGAAUCAAGAGCCAGGGGCUGUCUCACUUCUAUAAAAGAAUCCAGGAUCUGGGCAGAAACUUCAGUUCAGCCUCAGUCCUGAACACUGUUCAGGACCUCGUACAGGAGAUGGGUGAUUUGCUGGAGACCCCCGGGGACCUGAAAACCCUGCCCUUCUCAGAGCAGCACUUUGUGGUCACUAACCUGCCCUUUGGCCUGGAAAAUGUGCUGAGAGGGGUGAGCAAGGCACUGCCUAAAGGGUCAUUUACCUUCAAUUCAUCUGCAGGCAUAGAACUGUCACUGGAGGUGCAGGCGCCAAGCUACAGGAAUAUCACCUUGAUUCAGAAACAGACAAAGAUGAUGCUGACCUGGGAUACAGUGCAUGAUUCUGGUGACUCAGGUCUUGCUGUGGUGGGCCUCCUGUCCACUUCAGGGAUGGACAGAUUCCUGGCUGAGGCCCCUCUGGUCCUGGAUGCUGAGGAACUGACAACUCUAUAUGAGACACACAGGGGUUUGCUGCAGGAAAACUCCCACAUCCUGCUGUCGGAUGUCAUAUCUGCCUUUAUCACCAACAAGGACACUGAGAACCUCAGGUCCCCAGUCACUUUUGUCUUCCAACAUUCAGUGACCCCUGGGCCAAGAGAGAAGGUGCACUGUGUGUAUUGGGAGCAUGGCCAGAAUGGAAGUGGCCAUUGGGACACCAGAGGCUGCUGGGUGACCAGCACCAGAGACAACAGCACCACCUGCCAGUGCAGCCACCUCAGCAUCUUUGCUGUCCUCAUGGCCCACUACAGUGUUCAGGAGGAGGAUCCCACACUGACUGUGAUCACCUAUGUGGGGCUGAGCCUCUCCCUGCUCUGCCUCCUCCUGGCAGCCCUCACCUUCCUGCUGUGCAAAGCCAUCCAGAACACCAGCACCUCGCUCCACCUGCAGCUUUCGCUCUGCCUCUUCCUGGCCCACCUGCUCUUCCUCACAGCCAUCGACAGAACUGAGAACAAGGUGCUGUGUGCCAUCAUCGCAGGUGCCUUACACUAUCUCUACCUGGCCUCCUUCACCUGGAUGCUGCUGGUGGGCCUGCACCUCUUCCUCUCUGCACGCAACCUGAUGGUGGUCAACUACUCCACUAUCAACAGGUUCAUGAAGAAGGCCAUGUUCCCUGUUGGCUACGGAGUCCCUGCUGUGAUUGUGGCCAUUUCUGCAGCAUCCAGGCCUCAUCUUUAUGGGACACCCACCAGCUGCUGGCUCCAUUCAGAAAAGGGAUUUAAAUGGGGUUUCCUUGGACCAGUCUGUGCCAUCUUCUCUGUCAAUUUAGCCUUCUUUCUGAUGACCCUUUGGAUUUUGAAAAGCAAACUCUGUUCCCUCAAUAGUGAGGUGUCCACCCUCCAGAACACGAGGAUGCUGACAUUUAAAGCCACAGCUCAGCUCUUCAUCUUGGGAUGCACGUGGUUUCUGGGAAUCCUGCAGGUGGGACCGGCUGCCCGCGUCAUGGCCUACCUCUUCACCAUCAUCAACAGCCUGCAGGGCGUCUUCAUCUUCCUGGUGUACUGCCUUCUCAGCCAGCAGGUCCGUGAGCAAUAUAGGAAGUGGUUGAAAAGAAUCAGGAAAACCAAAGCCGAGUCUGAGAACUACACACUCUCCAGCAGGACCAUGUCUGAUGUUUGCAAACACAGUGAGGAGACUUAAAUUAACAGCUAAAUCAGAUGAUCUUGUAUCCUGUUCGGCAAGGGAAAUUCUGAACCGUCAUCUUUGAGCAAAACUUUUUAAAUAUGUUUUCAUGUUUGUUACAGGAACUCUUCACGGAACCAUUGUGUAAGGAAGUAUGAUGGGAAUUGUUGAUAUUUAGAUUGCUGGGAGAAUUUUGCUUUUCUACUCCAUAUGGUAUGCUCACCUCACUCUCAGCAUAGUCAAAGGGCUCUGAUGUAAUUCUCCAGUUGCCUUAGAUUAAAUCACCUGCUUCAACCUUUUUCUACAAAGUUCCUCAAGUUUGUAGGUAUAUGAAGAUAUUUGAAGGUAAAUGAUAAGGAAAAUGAGCCUCAGAAAACUGUCUUAAAAUACCAUAAGACAGGAAAGUAAAUUCCUGCAUGGAGGGUAAACAAUUGCUAUGAUGUACCAAAUUUUUCCUGGAUUAUGUCCUAAAAACACUUGAGUUACAAGCAAGCAGGACAAUUGGUUUCAAUACAUACAUGCUUCAAUUUCUUCACCCUCCAUGUAAAGAUUACUAACUUAUGCAUGAGAAAAAUAUAUUUUACUACUCACCAUAUGUGUGGGUGUUUGUAAGUUACUCAAUAGUGUCCAACUUUUUGUGACCCCAUAGUCCAUAGCCCACCAGCCUCUUCUGUCCAUGGAAAUCUCCAGACAAGAAUACUGGAGUGGAUAGCUAUUCCUUUCUUCAGGGAAUCUUCCUGACCCACAGAUUGAAGUCAGGCCUCCUGCAUUGCAGGCAGAUUCUUUACCAUCUGAGCCACCAUGGAAGCUUGGUACAUACCAUGUACUGCACUAAAUUAAGAGAUCUAGUUUCCUGCAUCGACAGACUGGGUGCAUCGAUGGACUGGGGCACUGGGAUGACCCACAGGGAUGGUACGGGGAGGGAAGCGGGAGGGGGGUUCAGGAUGGGGAACACGUGUACACCAGUGGCAGAUUCAUGUUGAUGUAUGGCAAAACCAAUACAAUAUUGUAAAUUAAUUAGCCUUCAAUUAAAAUAAAUAAAUUUAAAUUUUUUUAAAAAAAGAGAUCUAGUUUCUAAUUUCAACAGAGCUUACAUGUUAAAGAAAAGGCUUUGUUAAGAGUAAAAUCAGAACCCUGUAAAUAAAUAAAAUCUCUCCAUCCUUUCAAUUGUAAGAUGUGCUGGGUUAGAAAGCAUAUAUUGCUACUGCACAUAUUUUAAGUUUUACUUACAUGUAUAACAAACUAUUUCAUUCUCAGAAUGUGAUCUUGGCAAGAUCCAAGUCCAGUGGGACAUAGAAAUGUCCCAUGGACAUCCACUGACCAGAUUUGUAUCAAUUUAAACCAAAUGGAAAAUGACUUUAAACGAUCAUAAUGUGCUAAAUUUAAAAUAUCCAUGAGUAGAUAAUGAUACUUAACAUAUUUGAAAAUAAGUGUAGAAGAUAUGACAGAAGUAGAUAAUGACAAUUUUUCAGUAUCCAGUAAAUCACCACUAAAAGCACUGGGGGAAAUCUUGUUGAAAAACUGGCCAAUCUCACAAUGCUAAAGAACUCUCUUAAGUGAUUAUUGAUUUAUUACAAGGACCAAAGUGUAUUUUUGUAAUGUUAGAUCAGAUAGGCACCAAAUGAACUUAAUGAUCAAUCUUAACAUCAAUAAUAUCAGUCUGAUGUUAUAUAUUUCCUGAUAAGACAUAAACUGAAAACAUCCUGUUUGUGCUAAAUAAAGGUUUGUAUCCAUA